UGUCUUCUUCUGGCUGGGAUAAGCUGGAUACAUGCAUGGUUGCAUAACGUGGCUGAGGAGCACACUUUUGCCAAAUGUUUCCACUCGAUUUCUGCUCCCUUUCCAGGUGGACAGCCGGCUGCUGAUUCCUCUUCAAGCACGGAGCCUAGAUAAUGCGACUUGUUCACUGCCACUGCCAAUGACCAUGACCCUUCACACAAAAAGCACUGGGGUUGCCUUAUUGCACCAAAUACAAGGCAAUGAAUUAGAGCCUCUCAGCAGACCACAGCUGAAGAUUCCUCUGGAACAACCGAUCAGCGAAAUGUAUGUGGACAGCAGCAAGACUGGGGGGUUUAACUACCCAGACAGUGCUGCCUACGAUUUUUCCACUGCCGCUCCAGUGUACAGCUCAACCAGCCUCAGUUAUGCUCCUGCGAGUGAAUCGUUUGGCACCAGCAGUCUGGGAGGAUUUCAUUCCCUGAACAAUGUUCCCCCAAGCCCUGUUGUCUUUUUACAGUCGGCUCCACAACUUUCGCCUUUUAUUCAUCACCACAGUCAACAGGUACCUUACUACCUUGAGAACGAAGCAACCAGUUUCGCCCUGAGAGAAGCUGCUCCCACAGCGUUCUACAGGCCUGGCUCGGAGACCAGACGUCACAAUGGCAGAGAGAGAAUGACCGGCACCAAUGAAAGGGGAAACCUGUCUAUGGAGUCUGCCAAGGAGACCCGCUAUUGUGCUGUUUGCAAUGAUUAUGCCUCUGGCUACCAUUAUGGGGUUUGGUCCUGCGAGGGCUGCAAAGCCUUUUUUAAAAGGAGCAUUCAAGGUCAUAAUGACUACAUGUGCCCUGCUACCAACCAGUGUACCAUUGACAAGAACAGAAGGAAAAGCUGCCAGGCUUGUAGGCUCCGAAAAUGCUAUGAAGUUGGAAUGAUGAAAGGUGGAAUUCGAAAAGAUCGCAGAGGUGGCCGAAUACUGAAGAACAAACGUCAAAGAGAAGAACAUGAUAGCAGAAACAUAGGCACAGUAGCAGAGACAAGGGGCCCAAAUCUCUGGCCAAGUCCGCUAAUGAUCACACAUAGUAAAAAAAACAGCCCAGCCCUCUCCCUCUCCGCAGAUCAGAUGGUUUCUGCUUUGCUAGAGGCAGAACCUCCUAUUGUCUAUUCAGAAUAUGAUCCUAACAGACCCUUCAAUGAAGCUUCAAUGAUGAUGUUGUUGACCAACCUUGCUGAUCGAGAACUGGUCCAUAUGAUCAACUGGGCCAAAAGAGUUCCAGGCUUUGUGGACUUAACACUCCAUGACCAAGUUCACCUACUAGAAUGUGCCUGGUUAGAGAUAUUGAUGAUUGGCCUAGUGUGGAGAUCUGUGGAGCAUCCCGGAAAGCUGCUGUUUGCCCCCAACUUAUUGUUGGACAGGAAUCAAGGAAAAUGCGUUGAAGGCAUGGUAGAAAUAUUUGACAUGCUGCUGGCCACUUCUUCUCGCUUUCGAAUGAUGAACGUCCAGGGGGAAGAAUUUGUAUGCCUUAAAUCUAUCAUCCUACUCAAUUCUGGGAUAUACACAUUUCUUUCUAGCACCUUGAAAUCCCUGGAGGAAAAAGAACAUAUCCACCAUGUUCUAGAUAAGAUUACUGACACCUUGAUGCAUUUAAUGGCCAAAUCUGGCCUUUCCCAACAGCAGCAACAUAGGCGCUUGGCUCAGCUCCUCCUCAUCCUUUCCCACUUCAGGCACAUGAGCAAUAAAGGGAUGGAGCACCUGUAUAGCAUGAAGUGCAAGAACGUGGUCCCACUUUACGAUUUAUUGCUGGAAAUGCUGGAUGCUCACCGCCUGCAUGCUCCUGCCACUAGGAACACACCUCACAAUGAAGAGGAGAUUUCAAACCAGCUGGCCGUGGCACCUGCUUCAGUGCAUUCCUUACCACCUUGCUAUGUGAACAAACAGGAAGAAGAACCUGUGCAAGAAGCAUGUUUGCUAUGUUUUGGUGUGAAUCUGAGCCUUCAUUUUAUACACAUGUUCUUAAUGCUAUUGCUUUUAACACUAAGUUAGAAGCCAACUGUUCAGCCCAUGGACUUUUGGAUCUCAAGCUUUUCUUUUUCUUUUUGCAGAAUCAGUCAAAUGAAUCAAAGCUCGCUCUUCUGAAAGCUCUUUUCAAACGCACUGUGGCUUUGUAACGUGAUCCUUCAGAUCUGAAGUGAGCACUAGUCAAGAUCUGAACUUCAUGCAAUGCUUUUAAGCUAUCAGCCUAACAUUGUUGAAGUGUAAUUGUCCUAUAAACCUUGGAGGUACCAAAAAUACUUUUGAUGCUCAAACCCCUUUUUCCUGUCAUUGGUGCAUUCUCUCAUUUUAAUUCAAUUCUGGAUGUAUUUCGGUCUUGAAUGAUGUUCUGUAAACAAUUGUUGCCUUCUGAGGGACUUUACAAUUUUGCACUGUCCUGGAAAGAUUUUUUGUAAUGAACCUAUUUGUUUUGCAUUCAAAUGUGCCUGAAUUUAUAUGCUGCCAUGCUGCCAAUCUGUCUUUAGUAGGAAUGUUAUUCUGCAAUGCACCUUUUAAAACAAAGCCGUUUGCUCCGCAGUCUUGAAGUGCCCGCUGGAUUAUGAUAAAUAUCAAUAGUCAAAAGAUUCUAGUUAGAAAAUAAACCCAACAGGCUACUUUAUGCCACAUUAUUAUACUUUUUUUAAAACGAAGCUUUGUGCACUACAUUACCUUUUCAUUGUAAAGUUUUCCCUUUAUUAUGAGGCUCAUGUGCCAUAAUGUAUUUGUUGAAUUAUUCUGCUCUUUUUGCUAAAGCACAUAAUAUCAUAAUUGGUGUAUCUGUUUUGUUAGAGUUGCUUUGUUAAAUGAAAAAAAAAGGUUUAAUCCUUUUUUUGUUUCUUUUUUUUGCACAUUUGAAAGAAUGUUAAAAACAGCUUUUAAAAAAAUCAGCAGGAUACCUGAUCUGUCAAGAUUUUCUCAGCUUUGAUGUUGAAAUAAAAAAAGUGAAGG